AUGUCAGAUGGAUGGGGCGAGGCGUCUUUCUCACCUAGCACGCGAAUUUCGGGCCAUAGAUUUCAGUACUUCAGCCGACAUUCAGGGCCUAUACAAACGAUCUUAAAAGGCACAGGCUCGGCGAGUGCCCGCGAAGCGCUUCUUUAUACUCGUUCUGUUCUUAAUUUAAGCAACAGUCGAGCUUGCAAAUAUUUGCGCUUACAGUCGGAAGGCUCUGCAACUUGA